UCUUCUCAGGGUCUCCUGAGGCUGAAGCCAAGACCCGCCUCUCAUCGGGAGCCUCCGGGAGCGUGUUCAGGUUGUUAGCAGAGGUCAGUUCCUGCAGCCGCAGGACGGAGGUCCCGUCUUCUUGCUGACUAUUGGCCGAAGACCACUCUCGGGGAUCUCUGGGGUCUUUGCCUCAUGAGCCUCCACCUCAGCCUCCCUCACCUGAAUCCCGCUCACACUUGAAUCUCUCAGACUUGUUCUGCUACCAGCCAGAGAAGAUGCUUUGCCUCCAGGGGUCCUGGGAGUAGAUCAGACCAAGUGGGAGGUUUCCGUGUCUCACUGUCCACAGGUCAGAACCUUAAUUACAUCUGCAGAAUCCCUUUUGCCCUGAGGGGUGGCAUCCUCACAGCCCGCAGCUGGGGUUGCUCUGGGAAACCUGCUGCCCCCAUUGUGACAGGACGGCCCAGGGGCGGAUCUGCAAUGGACAGGUCACGGGACAGAAGGCAGCAUUGUGACGUCACAGCCCACGGGUGGGUCUGCAAUAGACAGGUCACGGGACAGAAGGCAGCAGUGUGAUGUCAUGGCCCACAGGCGGAUCCUGCAAUGGGCAGGUCACGGGACAGAAGGCAGCAUUAUGAUGUCACGGCCGGCUGUGGUUUGUGCUCCUGGACAGUGAGUCAGAUAGGCAGCUUCCUCCUCCCAAGCUCAGUGGGAGUGUACCUGGCCACCGAGGACUGUCAGGAGCACCAGAAGACCAAGGCCGCUGCCCUGCGUGCGGCCAUCACCUUCCUGCCUGGCCCCCAUGACCCUCGCCCUCCAGAGCGGCCUGGCGUGGUGAGGGGCAAUGCCAGGGGCCAUGGACACGGGCCAGGCGUCCGGUCCGAGCAGUACUGGCGAUGGCGACAAGGACAGAUACCUGCAGGUGCUGUUACAGGAACUCUGCCAGCUCCAGGCCAAGCAGAGGAAGCUGAAGAGAGAGCUGGAGAAGUACAAGCUUUUUGAAGACUAUCUGAUUAAGGUCCUUGAGAAAAUCCCCAAGGGUUACAAUGAAGGGCAGGAGACGGAGGAGGCCCAGGAGGAGGCCCUGGUGGAGGCCCUGGUGGAGCAUUAUGGGAAGCUCUUCACCGUCAGCCAGGACAUCCAGAAGCACCUGGAGGCCUUCUCCAAGAUGAGCCAGGCCGUCCACCAGAGCCUGGAGUCCCUGGAGGAAAGCCAUCGAGCUCUUAUUCCGACCCUCAAGAUCCGGCUGUGCCAGCUGCAGAAGAGGUGCCACCGCAGGCAGGAGCAGUGGCGGUCGGGACAUGGUGUCGCCUUCCAGAAAGACAUGGGCAGCCAUAAUGUGGGAAGCAAGGCUGCCGCAGCUGAUCGCCACCCCGGAGGCCUCAAGUCCAGGACGCAGGCGCUGCCCGGAGUGAGGAGCGCUGGGUGCCUCCAGGCCCCUGCCCAGCCCCUGCCCCAGAGCCAGCUGCUCAACUACAUGCAAAUGGCCAUCGACAACAUGGCCCAGCAGUGCUGCUCCUCCAACUGUGUGGAGCCCAAGAGCAUGGGCCUCUUCUCCAAGCUCGACCUGAUUCAGAAAUUUAUAUUGGACAAAAUGGAGACCGUGAAAUUUAUCUUACUGCUCAUGGAACCCAGUGUGUGCUGGACAGGCGGUAGACACAAGGACCAGGGAUUCAGAAGUCACCCCAGACCCUUCAGGAAAUGUCCGACGAGGCAAGAUAUAAUCCCAAGGGCCCCCGUUCCCACCACCGAGCCUUCAGAGUGCUCCUGCCUGCGCUGACCCGCCGAUGGCCACCGGUCCGGCCAGCAUCAUGACCAUCUCCUGACCUGCUUGGCCUCCUUUUCUCACCACCCACGCCCUUGGGUGGGUGGGAGCCAGCCUGGGGCACUGAGCGAAUGGGUGGGGUCCUGGGGCCAGCUGGGAUGGGGGUGCUGUUCUCUAUGAUGGGGGGUUGACAGGGAUCAAGAUGAGGUCUGCCUGGGACCAUGGGGAAGAGAGGGGGGUUCCUGAGUCAGAGGCAGCAGCCAGGUGGGAAGUCCCAGGCUGGAGACCAGCAGCCAGGAGCCAGGACUGCCUUUGUGUCACUGGUGGGUUCACCUGAGACCGCGGAGCUCUGCCUGGCUGUCGGGAUGCCUGAGUCACAGAAACUCUUGUAAAGAGCCACCCAGGGCUGUAGGAUGCAGGAGAGCCUGUCUUGCACGCAGCAGACUGGGGAGCGCAGUAGACUGGGGUACUGAAGGGCGGGGGGGGGCAUUUCAUUACUGGCCCCAGAAUCUGAAUUCCAAGUCAGUGCCUUCUGCCCACGCUGAGGGCCCCGGAGAGGCCAGAAAGGAGUGCUAUUCUUCGGGAGGCCUUGGCACGGCCACGCCCCUCUCCGCUGGUUUUCCCACCUGUAAUAUUGGGCGAGAGGGUCUCAGGGAGACCCCUCCCCAGGUUCACAUUCUAGGACAAGGCUGGAAAAGCUUGGUCUGCACGGAGGACGCUCAUUUGGUUUUAUUGUGUCGCUGGGGUCAACUCAUCCCAGCAACCAGCGCGGCUGUGAAAAGAAUUCACCGCUGGAGGUCUGCCUGCCGGUGAGAACUGGUGUAGGUAACAGUUGAACAGUUGAAAGUUAAG